CUGCCGCUGCUCGGGCAGGUACGGAGGGUGCGCGGCACCGUGCGGGAUUCCUGGGGAAAAUGCAAGGGCCUCCUGGUACUUUUGAAGAAUUCUUACAGUCUCAGAAAUUGGAUGAUUGGCCAAGAUUUCCCUUUCUAGAUGAAGAUCGUCCUUUGGUGGACAAAUUAAGACAUGACUAUUCACUUGAUGCUAUUUCUAAGUUUCUGUAUGACAAUGCUCCACUACAAAUCAGGCUUGUCUCAGAUUUGGAGAAGAGAAUAGAUGAGUGCACAGCUGAACUGAAGAAACAUGCUGAAAAAAUAUUUUCUUUUCAACAAAGACUAAAAGAGGAAGAUGACCAUCGUGUUUCACUAGAGCAAACCAAUAAUACUCAACUUACUGAUUCAGAAGAAAUUUCAGUUCAAACAGGCAAGAUGGGGAAAACAAAGAUUGCUAAAUAUAUCACUGAGGAAUCAAGCAGAAAAAAUGUCGAAAAUUAUAGAUACCCAGGUUUCAAGUUAAAACAGCUUACAGAACUACCAAGACAUUUGGAAGCAGCAAAACUUUGGGACUUGGUUAUAAAAGCUCACAAUUUCAAAGGAGAAGUUUUAAAAGUUUGGAGAAAGUUGUUUCUUUCAGAAGCAUCCAUUGCUGUUUUACAGGAUUGUUUUUGGUGGUGGUUUCUUCAAAAGUUUAAGCCUAAUCAAGAAGAUCAAGAUUACUUUUUUGACAGAAUUGCAGACAGCUUUGUAUCACUUUUCCUAUGUGUCCCCAGUGAUACUAAAGAUGCUUUUUUUCAGGUGUAUCCUGAUUGUUUGUCACAAGUCAUCUAUGUUGCUUUCUGUGAAGCAUUUCCAGAAUCCAAUAAAUCUUUUGAUGAUGCAUUUAAAGAUGGACUAGUGGAUUUAAUUUUUCAAUGGGUAUCAGGUCUAAAGCCACAGAAAUUUGCUUGGAAGAAAUGGAAUCUAGAGUGCCUGAAGAAGCCCACAGUAAAUAGUAGCAAGAAGGAUACUAUUACCAAGGCACCAGUUAAGGAGUCUGGCAAAUCCAAAGUAGUCAAUGAAGCUUCAGUGAGAUUUCAAGUGGGUCUUGAUUUCGAAGAUCUAACUGAAGAUACAAAAAAGAUGUAUAUUUCAUCAGCUGAAGAAAUAAAGGGUGACAGUAAAUGUAAAAUGGAUAUGCCAAAAGAGUCCAAAACCAUAAAAGAGUCCUGUUAUAUUGGCUCAGGUCCCGAUUUCCAGCGUGUACUCUUCAGAAUUGGUGGUCGAAGUCCUCUGGUCUCAUAUUAUCUUAAGCUGCAUGAAAUCACUGAUGGUGUCUCAAGCUCUUUGACUUACAAGAUGAAUCGUACUGAAAUUUGCAAGCUACCGCCAGUCGCUCCAACUUAUCAAGAAGUUAUUAAAGAGACACGGAGGCUCAGAAGGGAAUUCCGGGAGGAUUAUACUGUAUUUCAGAAUAAGUGUAAACAAGACAUCUCAGAAAUAGAAAAGCAGAGAAAAGAAAUUAACCAGAAGUUCAGAAGACUGACAGAGAGCACCUCCAAGAAUCCCUCUGAACUAAGGCUGAGUGCAGAUAUGUUAAUGCAUGAACUGGAAUUCGCAACAUGGGACAAGAAACUACCCAGUAGUGGAAGAACCAAAUCCAGAAGGAGGAGGACAACACCAUGAGAAGGUUUCUUCUGGCUGGGUCAAAAAUGCCACAAAAACAGGAUGAACUAGAAAAC